AAUAUACUUUUACUUUGACAGAUUAAACUGCCACCAAUGAUGGAGAUCAUAACAGCUGAACAGCUGAUGGAAUACUUAGGAGACUACAUUCUUGACGCAAAACCUAAAGAGAUAUCUGAAAUUCAACGACUUAAUUAUGAGCAGAAUAUGAGUGAUGCAAUGGCAAUUCUGCAUAAGUUGCAGACGGGUCUGGAUGUCAAUGUGAAGUUCACAGGUGUCCGAGUAUUUGAGUACACUCCUGAAUGCAUAGUGUUUGAUCUUCUUGAUAUCCCCUUGUACCAUGGAUGGUUAGUGGACCCUCAGGUUGCUGACAUAGUAAAAGCAGUUGGUAACUGCAGUUACAAUCAGCUGGUGGAGAAGAUAAUUUCUUGUAAACAGUCAGAAAACAGUGAACUGGUUAGUGAAGGGUUUGUAGCUGAGCAGUUCCUAAAUAACACAGCUACACAGUUGACAUACCAUGGACUCUGUGAGUUGACUUCAGCUGUCCAGGAGGGAGAACUUUGUGUGUUCUUCAGGAACAACCAUUUUAGCACCAUGACCAAAUACAAGGGUCAGCUUUACCUGCUGGUGACAGACCAGGGCUUUCUUACAGAAGAGAAGGUUGUGUGGGAAAGUUUACACAAUGUGGAUGGUGACGGGAAUUUCUGUGACUCUGAAUUCCAUCUGCGGCCUCCAUCAGACCCUGAAACUGUCUACAGAGGGCAGCAGGACCAAAUAGAUCAGGAUUAUCUGAUGGCACUAUCUCUACAACAAGAGCAGCAGAAUCAAGAGAUUAACUGGGAACAGAUCCCAGAAGGAAUCAGUGAUCUAGAGCUAGCAAAGAAGCUCCAGGAAGAGGAGGACAGGAGAGCUUCUCAGUACUAUCAGGAACAAGAACAAGCAGCUGCUCAGGUCCAGCAGGUACAAGGUGCUGCCUCUCCAGCCAGCGCGAGACAAUCCGGGAGUAACGAACGCAAACGCAAAGAGCCUCGAGAGAAGGAGAGGGAGAAAGAGAAGAACAGCUGUGUUCUUUUGUAACAGAACAUGGAUUCCAUCUGGAGUCAAGUGCAUGUCCUCAGAAGCAAAAACAAGGAGUAAAAAGGAAGACAAACCUGUUACAUGCCGCCUGUGCCUGAUUACCCCAUGGAUUUUGUUCAUGUUCCAAGAGAGGAUGGAUGACUUUGUAACAAUCAGACAGACUUCCUUCAAAGUCAUAGUGCGUGCUGCUCAAGAGGGAAUUCCAAAUCACAGUUGGAAGCGGCUGUGCUUUGAGUUAGUCAUAAGAAAUACUGCACCUUGUAGCUGAACACACAACUCAUGGCAAGUCCUGUGUCAUAGUGACAUCCAUUACUCGUUACAUCAGUUAGUAAGCUAUUUUAUCUUCUACUCUAAACAAAGGUAAUUCAUUUUGUGUAAGGCUUUUUCCUGAAGUCUGUACACGAGCACAACAGAAUUCUGUGUUACUUCCAUAGUAUGAAACUAUAUCUUAGGCUGGGUAUAGUCUCCAUGACACAAGAGCCCAAAUAACAGCUGGGCACUGCCUCCUCAGUGUGUCCAGAUUUCUUUGCUUCUGGAUCUGGUAUGUUCUUUUUUUGAACCCAGAUUUAUACUUACUGCUACCACUGCAUCUCCUGGCCAGCUUUCUUGCCCCAAGAAUAUGUGACUUGAUAGGCAGCAUACAAAAAUUGUCAUGAAAACAAUGGGGCAUUUAUUAAAAAGCAAAAUGAAUACUGUUUGCUUUUCUUGCAACUACAAACUGGGUAUGGCAACUCAGAUGUUAUCAGGGUUAAACAAGUAAUUUUAUAGGUAACUUCUUUUUCUUUUACUAUUUUUUUUCUCUUGUAGGUAAACUGGACCAGAUAAGCUUUUAUUUAUUGACCUCUCCAUAUGAUAGAUGAAUGAUGAGAGGAAGCUAAAGUCUAUAAUAAUCAUUAUUCUAUAUAAGAAUGCAGAGUUAAAGUAACUAAUAUCUGCCUUUUAUCCAGAAGUACCUUGAACUUCAACAUGACGUUAACGUGUCCACUUGUAUAUUUAAGCAAGUGUACUGUAGUUAAAAACACAUUUUUUUUGUUUGUUUUAUAAAUCAUGUAUUCUUAAAAAAGCACACUUCUGAAGGGGUGACAGAGGAGUGAAGCCAUCUCUGAGAUGGUUUGAGAGGUGGUCAGGUGUAAUAUUUUAUUUUUUAAAUCACUAAUUUAGAAUUUUUGGAAACCAGAUUUUUCUAAUUUAUGGGAACCAAAUAAACAUGUUGCAUCUUGUAGUAUUUAUAGAAUGCAGAAAUAGAACACUUGAUGAAUUUUGAGGGAACCACAAAUCUUCCUCCACUUCCAUUAAAUCAAUAACAAUUACCUUCUUGCUUUUGAUAAAAAUUUCUAUUUAGCGAUUUGUAGAUACCUUUGAAAAAGGCUGCUUCUCCUGGACAAGUUCUGUAUCCGUGCUCUAAGCCUUAGUGUUCACACAGAAUAACUUGGGCAGGCUAAGGUGGAAUAUGACAUUCCUGCUUCCAGGUGUUUGGAGAAUGUCUGUACAAGUGGGUGUCUGACACAAGUUUAUUUCAAGCAGAUUUGCUGCACUGAUGGCAACCAGUCAUUACACACAUCUGUUACCAACCUAGAAUGAAAAUGAGAUAAAGGAAGAAUGUCUUACUAACUAAAGGGCCAAUUUGGACCAUUUUUCUUCCAUUACUUUUCUCCUUUUGGUUUUUUUUCCACUUUCGUUACAAUUUCCCUUUUAUAAUGAUGAAGUAAUGAACAGUAGGAGGUCUCUAAUAUGUAAACUGUAAAUUUAAAAAAUAUCUUCUCUAGAAAAAUCAUGCCCAGAGAAGUAAUUUUAAUACUUAAUGUAUGCAGUUCAGAUAAUUUUCUAUGUCAAAGCAAAGGUUGAUGUCCUUUUUUCCUUUGCAGCAGCCUAACUUCUUCAAACAAAUUAAUGUGAUGGAGGAUCACCAACAUAACGACUUAGCUACUUUAAGUAGAUUUCCAAUAGUGUCAAUAACAGAGACUUUAAGCCAGAAUGUUGUUUAAAAACAUUCUGUUACUAAGAUUUUUCCAAAUUUGUGUAUUUACAUUUAUUUAUUGACCUUGAAAAAUAAAUAUGUCAAGCUAAGUGUUUGUUAUUGUUUUCAGUGACAGUAUUGCCACUAACUCCUUUUGGAAGGAAUCCAGCUGUUGUGGCUGUGGAGUUUAUCUCUUUGCCUAAGAUACUUGCUCAUAUUAGAGGAAUUCAUGUAACAUUUCCAGUUUCAGACAGAUGUGCCUGAAACUUAAUACACUGUAGUUAGAGGAAUUAUGGUCAUUUAGUCACAGAGGAAGAAGUUAAAUGCAGUGCUCAUCAUGAAGUUCCAACAAGAUAAUGCAGUUUCUUUCAGUAGAGGAGUGAAGGGUUUCAGGGUGUUUGAGAUGGAAGCCAUGCUAUGAAAACAGUCCUCUGUUAAUAUCCUUUUUUCUUUACAGGUCUUGAAGCUUUGGAAAAAAGGUAAAGAAUUCCUGAAAUCUAGGGCUGCAUGAGUUGAACUUGUUAGUGGCAAAAGUUUUAAGCAGUUGAGCUUCCUAAUACCCAAAAUGAAAUUCACCUGGGAGCUUAAUUUAUGCCCUACUGGGAGUAACCAUUCCAAAAGCACCUGUCACAGUUGGUAUCUCUCAUAGUAUCUGAGGAUGAAAAACAUGAACAGAAUUGCUUUUAUCUAUAUGAAGUGAGCUUGGAAAACAAUAUUGCACAAUAGUCUUGGAGAACCAGGAAGACAAUAUCUACUUCUGUUUACUUCAUUUGCCUUUUUUUUCUUUUUCCUCCAGCUUAUGUUCUGGCAAAACAUAAGUAAUAUGGUAUAGAUUUAUACUUUAAAUCUAUUUAUACAAUUUAGCAUGCACAUGCUCCAUAAUAUAUAUGAAAGUGUCCAGAAAAGUAGAGUAGAACUUGUUUUCCACUAGAUAAAUGCUAGCACAGAAGAAAAAAAAUCACAGAAUUUUUGUUUUUGCAUUAUAGUUGUGACAUAAAAAAGGCUACAUAAAAGUAUUCUUAAGAUUAGCAAAAAAACUCAGCACUGCCGUAGAGAUAAAUGUUUUUUCUAUAAGGCACUUUGUAAAUGCUCAAAUCCACCAGUUUUCUUGUGCCACUCAUGGAAUCUGCAACCCGACAAAGCAGAUCCAAAGGAGGGUUGUAACACCAGAGAAUGAAAUUAGCAUUCCUGAAAAUUCACUUAAACACCAUCCAAAAACUACAUUUUGUAGCUGUCCAUGUAAGAAGUGAUGUGUUCAGUGUCUCUGCAGAGCUGCUCUUGUGGCUCACAGGCACAUGAGCUCCAAGGGAAGCACAGGCUCUGCUGAGAACCUCGGAUUGCCAGGCAGGCUCUUUCUCACUUGAUAUUUCACAUUAUUGUCAUGUUUCUUCAAACUUGUAUACACAAGCUCUUGAAAAAAAUUUUCCAGUAUGUAAUAAAAGGCAGUUUUGGAGUUCUUGAAAUGGAAUUUUCUUGUGCAUUCAGCAGGAAAUACUCAAGUGAAAGGUACAGCUGAUACAUUUUUAACUGAACCAUCCUUUGUUCCUGCUCCACUGCUUCUGUAACAAAGUCAUUCCUUGGAUCAUCUCUUUGCAUUAGGAUGCUUAUUAGAGAAUCUAUACAAACUACAUCCUUCAAUACAACAUACUAAAUUAAGAGCUCAUUUUAUAUAAAAGCAGAUUUUUAAAAGUUGCAGCAUUAAACAGGUGACUCAGGGAAUGCAUGUUAAAUGUUGUGAAAUCCUCAUUAGAAAGCAUAUUACAGAAAAGCAAAAACAACAAGCUGUAGUUUGGAUGCAUUAGAAUGCUCCCAUUUUUUCCUAUCUCUGCUGAUGAAGAACACCUUGGUAGCAAGAAAAAUCCAACGUUAAGAAAUGUUCAUUCAGUCUAGCAUAUUACAGCAAAUGUCACGUGCAAGGCCUGAAAAUGGCAUUUCAUCUUGAAAGGGAUGAGUGCACAUCCUUUUUUAAUAAGCAUAACUAGCCAGAAACUUAGUGCUGAGUGGGAAAUGGGAAGAGGUGAGUGCCAGCUUCUCAAACCACAUCAUAUACACAGAGGCAGUCUGAUGUUCACAGUGCUCCUGCAGAGCUCCCUCUCUUUCAUAGCUUGGCCAGCAGAAAAGAAUGGAUGUAAGCUCAGCUGUGAUCUGCUCUGAUGGGGAAGAAGUGCCACAGGGGAAUGCUAAGGAGGAGAGGCCGGAACAUAAGUCCCUAUGCUACCUCUUGAGAUUGUUUAAGGCUUUGUCUGUAAUUUUGCUGUUAUUUUGGACACAAAUAGCUGUGGCACAGCGUGCAGUGGCUGCAUUUUCUCACCUAGGUAAUGCCCAGCAGGUUCAUUUCCUGGCAGGCUGGCAGUGUCUGUCCCUGGACACACUGCUUCUCACUCUCACUGUGCUUUAAAGUCAGGACUAGCUGUGCUGAUCCUCUGAUAGCCCCAAAUAUUAAAUGUCAGUUGCCUACUGUUCAGUUUUUGUCAAUGUCAGCUCCUAUCACUCUGCACUCUCUUUGCUGGAGAGUUCUCUCUAGAGAACUUGUUGAAAUCUGCCUUCUCCAUUCCUUUUCUGGUUUGUAGAAUGACUUCUGUUCAUGGGAAAGCUCUAUGUGCUGAAAUGGGCAAUUCCUUGUUUUUCAAGGUUAAAACCUUUAAAUACUCAGUUAAUUAUCGUUAGAAUGUCAAGAUCCCAUGUUUGCCAUGUAUGCCAUACAGCAUAAAAAACUGUGCAACAUAGUAAUGCUAUUUUUGGGAAAUCUUAGGGGAUUUUCAGCACUCAAAGUAGCUGACAAGUUUGCUAGCUCAGUCUGAACAGUGCUUACAAAUAGUGUAACAGUGCUGAAAUCCAAGGCAGCUGCUGCUCUGAUCAGUGCAGACAGAGCUGAGGCACUGCCCAUGCCCUCCCGGCCAAGUUGUGCACUCAGGGCAGCAGGUGCUGGGGCUGGGUCGAUGUUGCUGGGGCCAAAAGUGAACUAGAUGGGGUUGUUUGAUAAAGUCAGACACUCAGCCAAAUGUACAGAGAUUUUGGGGGUGGACAGAGACACAAACUCAGCUAAGUUUCUUUUUUUUUUUUUUAUUACUCUUGAACUUCCUUUAGUGCUGACCCCAUUUCAUUUUAGGUCCCAUCUAAAGUGGUGAUAUAUAUAAGUGAUCCCUAUUGUGGAACAGAGGGAGAUUGGUCUAAUAGUGUCUCCUGAGCCAAAGCCUUUAGCUGAGACAAACUGAGGUUCUCCACCACAGAGCUGGAUGAAAUAAUGGGAUACUUGGUCUGUCUUGAAGUUCAUGUUCUCUUUCCUUGUUAUGAAGUCUUUAGGAAAAUUUGGAUGGGCUUUUUAAGUUAAAAUUUCAGCUGUAACUAUGAAAAGUUACGUUUAUGCUAAGCAGUUUGGAAAAUUUCACUUUAGAUUUCUUCUGAAUGUGUUUCCAAAAAAGCUGGGAUAACUUGUAUUUUUAUCAGAAACCUUUUGAUGGCUUUUGUUCUGGCUUACUGGCACCUGCCAAGGGAAGGGUCAAAAUUGCAAAUAGAAGAAACACCAGUGUGUCUUAAAUCACUUCAGAAAUUUAAAUCAGCCGAGUAAUGGGAAGACCCUUGUGUUUGCUCAUCUCUUGUUUUGGGGAACUCCAAAAUAUCUAGGAAAACAGAUAAUUUUUUCUCUAGUAUUUUGCUAUCAGGCCAUCAAUAGGUCUGUUACUUUUAGGGCUUUUGUUAUUGCAGAUUAACCAGAGCCAGAAACUGGUUUAUCUUAGUUACUGUUUUGUUUACAAUUGAGUUUUAGUGAAGCCUUUCGCAUUUAAAGUUUGAAACCAGAUUCUCUGUGAGGUGACAGUAUGGGGAUUUUGGCCAAUUGCAUGGGUAGAUAUUACCACUGAUUCCAGUACCUACAGAAAAAAAAAGUGUUGCUGUGGAAAUAAAUCUUUCUUUUGCUUGGAAGAACAUAGUAGUAGGUGAUGUCUUCAAGACACUGCAGAUAGAUAAAAUGAACCAAGGAACCCAGUUGUGGACUUCAAACUAUUUGUAAUCCAGCUUUUGCAUUUUUUAUCAUGAAUAGCUGGAAUUAUUAAAUAUCUGCAUUCUGUAUACAUGGGUUACAGCAGUAUGCUUGUAUUUCUGGAUUUCCUACAUGCUUUUAGGGACUGGCAAGCAAAAAUAACUUUAGAGAACCCCUUAAAAAAGUGACCACAGGUCCAAUGAUUUCAAGAGACAAACCUAUUGCAGCAAGGGUUUUUUCACCUGUAUUUGGGUAACUCUUGAAAUCAACCACUAGUGCUGUUACAUUAUGCUGAAAAGUGUGGCUGGUCAGGGGGUUACAGUCCAGACCUUGAUGAAAUAAGCAGGGUUCUGGUUUGGAUACACUUUGUACGUGCAAAACCACUCCCAAUUAAUGCAGUCAGAUUGUACUGAACAGGUCAUAGCACCUGUGAAUGUUUUUUCCCUGUGUUUUUGCAGUGUGUAGUCACUGUUUACAGGUUGAGCCUCACAGCUUUGAUAGCAUUCUUUGAACUAUACAAGUAUCAAGUAUUUGUCCUGUGCCACAGAAAUCUAUUCUGAAUCUGUUACACCUUGCUCAGUAUUAUGUUAAUUCCUUACAGCAAUUUCUUUGUAAGGGAGUGAGAAAUACUGUCAGCAGUUUCCCCACAAUAACCUAAUAGAGUUUUAAUGUUAAAUGACACAGUUUUGAUUUAUAUUACAGCUUUCAGCAAAAUAAGUUCUUAUCAAAGUUUUUUAAAAAUAAUUUUCAGUUAUUCUUUUAUCUAGUCACCAGUUGCAUAUCCCUUAUUUGUACAACUUGUGAUAAUCACCUUUUACACAUACAUGUAAACUUAGUGAAGAAAUGACUAAAAAUGCAUCCUACAGAAGUUGCCCCAAGUUCUCCAGUGCUGAGUUAAAUAUUUGGUGUCUUAACUGCCUUGACUGGGUCUUUUUACAAUGAAAUGUUUUUUAGAAAAGCCCCACACACAAAACCCUGAUGUAUUUUAGGAAAGUUCCAAAAUACUUCCAGAUUAGUAAUGUUUUCAACAUGCCACCAGAAUUGUACAAUUCCUGUGUUAAAUCAGCAGUUUAGCUGUGAGUCUAUCACCCCAUGCUUACCUGAUCUCUGAAUCUAGUCUGAAAAGGAAAAUAAAGGUGAUGCAAGUGACUCUGGAUUUACCAAGAAAGGGGAGAAGUUAAAUUUUUUUAACUUGUAUUUUAGAGGUGCAUGACACAAUUAAAUCUAGUCAUGCAGUAAUAUUUGUACCAAUGUAUGUGAAUGAAAUACUUUUCAUCAUGUUACACCAUUAUCCAACACUGUAAUGGCAUCUACAAGUUCAACUACUGAAUGUUUUGCAUUUUAAAAGCCUUAAUUGUUUAUAUUGUAUUAAUAUGUUUUUAAAGACUAUAAGGAAAUAACAUUUUCCUUGUAAAUUGUUAAAAUAAUUUUGAACACAAAUAAUUUUCAGAGAAAUCCAGUUCUGUAUCUUAAUACCCCUUUUUGUUUGUGUACCACAAAGCUGUUAAAUUCUGUUACUUUUUAAAUAGUGUCUCCCCUUAUCAGCCUCUCUCUAGUUCAAGGUCUUUACCCAACUGAGAUUUAUUUUGGUUAACAGUCUUCUGAAACUCAUUGUAUGUAAAUAAAUUUAAGUGAGCAAACUUAAA